GUACUAAAUUCAGUCCUCUGCAACCGGUGUCUCAGAAGGAGAUCAGGUAAUGUGUGGAAACGGCUCAAGAGUGAAUAAGCCACUAAACUAAAGACGUUUUUAUUCUUGCGUGUUCAUAAUCUGUAGCCACUAUACAAAAAAUAACGCAAGGGAAUGAGAAUUAAAAGAAAGGAACUGAUUUCUGUUUACAAAAAUAGUUACUUUCGUGUCCAGGGGUUUAGAAGUGUGCAAAAGUAAUAAUUUAGAAGCGCUGUCGGUUCUUGUUAUAAGCUAUCAAUCAUUCAAUGAAAUGUACAAAAAUCAUAUAAAAUGAAUAUACGGUUGUGAUGGCAGGCUGGUGACCAGAGUGACGUCUUUAUGUUAACUUUAGUGGAUCGGAAAAUUAGGCCGGACAGUAUUCAAACCAUAUGCACUUAUUAGUUAAGAGAAUGAGGAAUUUUUAAAGAAUUUUUCUUUCAAACAUUUGCAUCAAAAAUUUCAGCGAAUGUAUUCCAAAUAAUCAAUAGUUAUAGAAGAUACUGUUUGUUAAAACCAGGAUUUUUUUUUUCACCCUUAUCUUUCCUCGGGGCGAUAUGAAUGUUUCGCCUUUAAAUACAAAUAAACUCAAACGUUUUACUGGCUCUUGAUGUUUGAACGGAUAAAAAGUUAUAUUCUUUUGAAAAUUUUAGAUCAUGCAACAAAAGUUAAAAACACUGAUAUUAUCAUUUACAGCGAAGCACACCUUUGUGGAAAAGACAAUCUUUCAGCGCCGAAAAAGAUCAACCUUUUCGAAUAGUAAGUUUUGGAUAAUUUUGACUCUUCAUAUUCUUGUUGAACAUAUCUGAUUGAGCAGUAACAUGGUUGAAUCCCUUUAUUUUAGAUUGCCCGGGCAAAGUGAAUGAAUCAACACCAGUGCCUGAAGAGCAGUAUCCUUCACGACCUUUUGUAGCCAUUCGACGAUACGAAGAUACGGACAACUGGUUCGCAGACGUAUCAUGGGAUCCACUUAAUGGUACUUAAAUUCUUUUAUGUUCGGCUUUUAAUACAACCAGAAUCGUAGUUUCAAUAAAAUCCAUUAAUCCUCGUAUUUCAUGCCGAGCUCUUCAGCGCAAGCCACUGAGUAAUGAUUUUCAACCAGGAUAAAUAUUAGUAUCAAAAUAUGGAUCCAAAAUUCUUUAAGGAUUUCUCACGUUUCCCUCUUUUCCGUCUGAGCAUCGACGGAAAUAGGCUAUCGAAACGUUUGCAGCUUUGAAAAACUUUCUUUGAACAGAAAAUGUUUCAAAAGUAUGGGAAGGUGAAGUUUAUGUGGAGGUGAACUGAUGAAGCUCUGUAUGUAUUGCAUUCCCGCCAUUUUGCGCUUAUCCUUCACUCUAAUGAUCUACUAUACUUGUUUGCCUUUCUUUGUCCUAGAUCCUUAUAAAUACUUGAAAGGACAUCUAAUUAAGUUAUCAGUUGGUCCUGGGCCAGACAUAUUUUGUAUUGCACUUCCAAAGGUGAGAUCACGGAUACCUUUGAGUUCUGCGACGACCGUUUGACACGAAAAGCUGUGAGACUUAAUCUAUAGACAGUCAGUUUAGGUAUACGUAAAGUGAUGGUAAUCAAAGCAACGCCAAGUAGUUUAAGUAAAAUCAGUGAUGGGCAAUCAGUCAUGUCUUUUACCAUCCAAAAUUUGACGAAAUUGUAAUAACAUUUGCAAGCAACACUUUUUCACUUUUUAUGUGCAGCACUAGCGCGGGAUGAAAAACGUUGCAUUCCUGCAAUCGACGCGAACAUAACAUAUGAAAUGAUCAGUUUUCCCAAUUUUUUUUUCAGAAUCAAACUUCCCUUAGAAUAAACAUCUCACAGUAUGGUUAUCAUUACCCGGAUUAUAUAGAACUUGGGGUGAGUUUUUCUGUCCUUCUGAUUCAAGUGAUUUAGUCUUGUUUUGUGGAUAGGAUACUCGAAAAAUGGUCAGCGAUGAUUUAAUUUUUCUAGCUCUUCAUUUGGCUUCAUACUUGCAUGGAAUCGCCGAUCACUGAACUUUGUCUGACGUUCUUAAUUUCUGCAAUCACUGAUUUCAUUUUCUCCUUUUUAAAGAUCCUCAGCAUCCCUCAUAAUUUACGAGGCAUCGCAUUGGAAAAGUAUGAUAAUCCAUGUGAGUUUUAAUCAGUCAAAAGAACGAUUAUUCACUAGAGGAGUACUAACUUGCCAAUCAGCGUGCGAGAAAAGGACUAUUUACUUGUAUGUUAUAUACUAAAUGUAAUAGUUAUUGUCGAGGUUUGUGGUGAAAUAAAUAAAUAAUCAAGGUAGAGGGUCAAAGACAACAGAUGUGUGAAAGUAUUUAAUUAUUGAAAUUCUACUGCUUCGUUUGGCAGUAAAAGUAAAGACAUACAGCAGAAUGGACUCCUGUUAAAGAAAGAAUUGGACUCCUGUUAAAGAAAAUGACUUACUCGUAUAUCUAGUCACUUCUUUCGAAUGGUUUUUGGAAAAUUUUUAUUUCCCAUCAUCAUUUUGAUGCUCUGUGUCCUGGGCAUCAUAAAGUCCCUUACCGUGCCAUCAUGGUUUAAAAAACGUGUGGUAAUGUUUGGGUUAUAAUAAUCAAACAAUUUUUUUUUACGAAAAGAAACUUAUGGUUCGGUGAAUCAAAGGAGGAAGUUUCUAAAGAAACUGUGUUGCUGUGUCGGGUAUUACAAGAUACUUUACUCGAAACACCUGUUUAGAAAUUAUCUUCUUUUGUGUCUCUUCUUUCUUUGCGUCUGUUAUUUAUUUUCUGUUAUUUAUUAUCUUCUUCAACAGCACCAUCAUCAGAAUCAUCACCAACCACAUCUACAAAGACAGAAACGGCAACAAAGGCAACAACGGCAACAACGAAAACGACGACAAAAACAACAACAACGGCGACAACGACAGGAGCUUCCACUACAAGUGAUGAAAUAACGAAAGGUAAGAUUUGUGAUGGUAAAAGAAAAAUGAGAUCCUCUAUUUCCUGGAACGGAUUUUAUAAUUUUCCCACCAGUGUUUUUAUAUCCUCUCUAUGUUUAAAUGAUUAAAUUAAACGUCAUGAAUGAACUUGUAGUAAUUCACUUAUCACUGACGCACGAGUACAUACGAAAAUAACACUUCAACGUUUAUUCAUAUGCAGCCUUCUUUCAUUUACAGUUUCUACUUUGUUUAAGUCUUCUUCAGCAACAACUGCACAGGGAACCCUCUCUAACAAAGGUAAGUUCAAAUACAAUAAUUCCAGUUUCUCCUGUGCCUUCAAUUAGAGCGCGUUAAGUAUUGCUUUCAUUGUACAAAUCGAGUAGAAUUUCUGCUCUAUCAUUUCUUUUUUUUAAUGCAACAUAUUUCAAGUUACUAUGGACUACGAAAUCCAAAUAAAUGAUUGAGCAAUAGAGUCAAAUGAAUAUAGGAUAGAAAGACAUUCGUGGUUUCUAUAAUUUGUCUAAAAUCAGCUUAAAAGAGAGAGAAGAAUAAGUCUUCUUAUAUCACUAUCAAUAGCGUGCUAUGUUGAGCGCAAAUGCGGGAAAGACUUAGCCAAUGAAAUUCUCAUCGAUUAUUUCUAAAUGAUCACCGUUUUCGAGAAUCCCAGAACUAUUUAGGAAAAACAAAUCCAGUGCCGUGAAUUUUGCUCACUUGAAUGUGUCCUGCAUUGAAUGCAGCAUCCUUACGUUCUCCAUCAAAACAUCGGAGCAAUACGCGAGUUGCAUCCAGCAUUAUUUCAAGGAGUCAACUGAUAACAAGUUAGGUGUAGUGUUAGGUUGGGGCAGGGUUAGGUGCGCGUUUGGUCAGAUUCUGACAUCAAAAGAGGAUUAGCGCUGACAUAGAUUUGAAUCUUCUUUAAAACAAAACUUUGUACUUACAGUUAAUUUGAUUUCAUUCUGUUCGUCCAGAUAACAACAAAGCUAUCAAAUAUGUUUUCAUAUCUGCUGGUAUCCUUGUUGGUCUCCUGGUAGGAAUACUGGUUAUUAUUUUUCGCAGAAAGUUCGUGUCGCGGCCCAUGGAACGCAUUUCUUUCUCAGCAGGUUUGUCUUUGUCCUCUAAACAUUUAAACAUGUCUGAUGUUACUUUAGUUAGAAAUUCUCCCAUUUUUAACUUGGUCAUUUUUUUUUGUGGCUGGCAAGGCUUCAUUCCCAAAUUUGCUGUUGUUUUCUUUCUACUAACCUUUAAAAUUUCUGAGAUAAAGAGUUCAUUUUCACUCGUAUUUUCUGUGGUGCCGUACAUUUAGCAGGACAUGACGGUCACACAAACAUCGAGCGUUUACUCGAUGUUUUGGUCAGUGGAGACGACACUCGAACCUUGCGCAGCUAGCGUAGAAAAAUAUUUGGCCCGAGGUCUGCACGUCAUUAACUAAAGCCAAAUGUCUUCCUAUCUGGCACUCCCUCAGUAAAUAGGCAAAUAUUAUCCUUUCGUUGGUGAUAGAGAAGAAGAAGUCUGACAAUUCUUAAAAUCUCAAUAGUAAAGACUAAAAAUGUUCAAUCGCUUUUAAGACCUCUUUAAAAGAUUUUUAAAUCAGGAGCUCAUAAUACUAAACCGUACAGAGUACCACUGAAUGGAAAACGAACUUGUAUAUCUUAUUAAAGGGCAGCAUCUAUUGAGAUUCUGAACCUGGGAGUGUGUGGUUUCUUUUCGUUUCCAUUUUUUAUCAAAGCAUGUCGGAAAGCCAUUCGUGAGCUACCAAUAUAUAGCAACUUAUUCACAGAACGUUUAAAGCCAAAGAUUCAUUCAGCAAACUCUUUAGCAUGACUCAUGCCAAGUGAACCUUUUUGUUAAAUCUCUGAUUCUUGUUUGAUUUUUUUCUCUUGGGCUGUUCGGUUACCUUAGAAUCAUUCUAAGGGAAGGAAGGAACAAUGGUUCUGAGCCAGCCCUCGCUUAAACAGGAGGUGCUUGAAAGCAGAAAUAGCACAUUACAGGUUUUAAUUAUUUUCUCAUAUUUUCAGGGUCUAGAAUAACAUUGCCUAGCACUCCAGGAUCUGAAGGGAAAGAGUUGGAUAGUCCAGGAGUGGAGAGCUACGUAUUCAUUAUGUUUAACGAAAGAGACUGUAAAUGGAUGAAAAACAAACUUCUACACCUUCUUGAAAAACAACAUAAACUAAAAUGCCGAGUUCACUACAGAGACUUUUACCCUGGGAGAGUUUUUUAUGAGACUAUGUCAGAGAGUGUAUACGCAAGCUACAAAAACAUAGUUGUUUAUUCAAAGAACUUUUUAAAAAGUACUAACUGUUGUUAUGAGCUGGAACAAGCGGAGCAACGACUUUUAAGCGAAAAUGACAACAGUCUGGUCAUCAUAAGAAUUGAUGACGCAGAUUUACAAGAGCUUCCUAGAACGUUGCAGAAUAGAAGCGUGAUCGACUAUGACAGUAAUCAUGAAAAACCUUAUUGGGAGAAAAAGCUCCUUCAGUUUCUAAAGGUGCCCGUUGCGGUUAGAUCAGAGAGAAAAAUAGCAACAGUAAUGACAGGCAGACCAGCCGCAUCUGAGGCGAAAAAUGCCCUAGCAAUAACUCGGUACAACAGGCUUGACAGUACAAAAAGCGAUGACACCGUAAUAUCCUAUGUGUAACAGUCUAUUAUAAGUGAAGAUUGGCAUAUAAAGAAUUUGCGCGCAUUUUCUCACAAUUACCGAUGGCUUGUUGCUCAAGUAACGACGGGUUGAUUCCAGAAAACGAAGGACUGAGAGGAAUAUUGCGAAGGAAAAGGGUGAACCUAAUUAUAAGCAAUAACAACAGCAAUAUUGAGAGUACAGUAAAAGUAUCAACUGUAAAAAUUGGCAGUGCAGGAACUCUGACUAACAGCACUGAUAGUGAUUACACCGAAGUAGUUUUUUUUAAGCCAGAUAAAUCGCUAUGUGACAGACGAGAUGGAUCUUGAAAUUCUGGUACUGAGACUAGAGAUUUCUUUUUUUAUUUGUAGUAAAGAAAACUUGUAGCUCAAUCUUGUGCUCUUGGAUUUCCUCAAGGACAAUAAUAACGACGUAUGCACAUGGAAUAAAACGAUUGCUUUAAAAAAGGAAAGGACGGCGAUUCUACAUAGGCAAAUUUGAAAAAAAUGUAUAUAUAUCAACGAGAUUAACAACAAAACCACAAAGGAGUAAUUUUGGAGCGCCUAACACUUCACCCUAAAUAUAGAUUGGAUUUUUUCAUUUUAGAGAAAACCGUUUUAAACAUUUCUUCUCAUGUCAACCAUGACAGGUACAUAUGUAUAAACACGUGCAUGGACAUUCAACCAAUUAUCAAAUGCAAUAUCAUUAAGCUGCGUGUUGUAGUAGUUAUGAUUAUGUUUUAGGGAUUUAGGCUAAACUCUCUGACUUAAGGAUUCCCAGACAAACAUAUUCCUAGAAUGUCGGCAGGUUGUAUUAUCUUCAUUGGGUGAUUAUUUAUAACAGUGGGGAGCCGCAGUCGCAAACACGCUUGAAAAGAUACAUACAUUUAUAUACAAAUAAAUUAAUAAAAGAUGAAUAACUAAACAAACAAUACAUAAAUGAAUUGUAAAAAUGGAUGAAACUGUAAUUUUUCUUUUGAUAUUACUCUAAU